AUGGAGGUGAAUGCUGUCAGCCGCUACGCCCAGGCAACUAACCUUAACUACAGGGCCCUGUGGCAGUUCAGAAACAUGAUCCUCUGCACUAUGCCUGAUAGCUGGCCCAUCCUUGACUAUGCGGACUACGGCUGCUACUGUGGCAAGGGAGGCUCUGGUACCCCUGUGGACGAACUGGACAGGUGCUGUGAGGUCCAUGACCGGUGCUACUCUGAUGCCAUGCAGCAUGAUGAAUGUUGGCCCAUCAUUGACAACCCUUACACUGAAUCCUGUGCCUACGACUGUGACGAGAACCUCAGAAAGGUCACUUGCAAGAGCAACAAUGACGCCUGUGAGAUGUUCAUCUGCGAGUGUGACAGGAAGGCUGCGGACUGUUUCGCCAGGAGCCCCUGGAACCCUGAGCACGAGCACUUUCCCAGUAGCAGUUGCCAGUAAGGUUCACAGAGGAACCUGCUUUUUCUGUAUAGACUCAGAAUCACCACACAACAUUGUUCAGAUAGUUAUUUCAGUGCAAUGUAUGACUUGUUGAAUUGCUUUCCCCAUCUCACAUUUUCAAGUCGUGACUCAUGCAAUGCAUUUUGAGUUGAAUCUAUCUGUUUGUCACCGGUUGAUGUUCACUGUCUCGUUUCCUAUAUCUGGUUGUGACCUACAUGCCAGUCACUCUAUGAAUCACAUCCAGUUUUACUCUGGGAUUUAUUUAUCUUUUAGACGGUGUGGAAGAUAAACUGAGUAACA